GGGGCCCGGGUGGCCGAAGGACCGCCCGCCUCGUCCGCUGCUCUGUGCUCCCUGGCAGCCUCUGCCGAGUUCGCUCCGGGCGCGGGCAACCGGGACCUGGUUCAGGCUUUGCCGGGUGCGCAGGUCAACUCUCUGGACCAUGCCAUGUGCUUUGUGGACAGCAUGGGUCUUGGGGAUUGUAAUCAGCCUCUCCAAGGAAGGAGCCCCCCAUCAGGCUUCUUCUCUGUCUUGUGACCCUGCUGGUGUCUGCGACGGCCGCUCCAGAUCUUUGAGCUCCAUCCCCUCAGGGCUCACGGCAGCUGUGAAAAGCCUUGACCUGUCCAAUAACAGGAUCGCCUAUGUGGGCAGCAGUGACCUGCGGAAAUGCGUGAACCUCAGAGCUCUGAGGCUGGGGGCCAAUAGCAUUCAUACCGUGGAGGAAGAUUCUUUUUCUUCCCUGGGAAGUCUCGAACAUCUGGACUUAUCCUAUAAUCACUUGUCUAACUUAUCAUCCUCUUGGUUCAAGUCCCUUUCCACCUUGAAAUUCUUAAACUUACUGGGAAAUCCUUACAAAACACUCGGGGAAACACCGCUUUUUUCUCAUCUCCCAAAUCUGCGAAUCCUGAAAAUAGGCAAUAAUGACACCUUCGCUGAGAUUCAGGCCAAGGAUUUCCAGGGGCUCACUUUUCUCCAGGAACUUGAGAUUGGUGCCUCACAUCUGCAGAGGUACGCGCCAAAGAGUCUGAGGUCAAUUCAGAACAUCAGCCAUCUGAUUCUUCACAUGAGGCGGCCUGCUCUGCUGCCGAAGAUUUUCGUAGAUCUUUUAAGUUCCUUGGAAUAUUUAGAACUGAGAAACACUGAUUUUAGCACUUUCAAUUUUUCAGACGUAUCCAUCAAUGAACCCAGCACAGUGAUGAAAAAAUUUACGUUUCGAAAGGCAGAAAUCACUGACGCAAGUUUUACGGAAAUUGUGAAACUGUUAAAUUAUGUUUCUGGAGCCUUAGAAGUAGAGUUUGAUGACUGCACCCUUAACGGACGUGGUGAUUUUAGUACAUCUGCUUUGGACACAAUUAAAUCCCUCGGUAAUGUGGAGACAUUAACAGUCCGGAGGUUGCAUAUUCCACAGUUUUUCUUGUUUUAUGAUCUAAGAAGUAUAUAUUCACUCACAGGAGCAGUUAAAAGAAUCACAAUAGAAAACAGUAAGGUUUUUCUGGUUCCCUGUUCCCUUUCACAGCAUUUAAAAUCACUGGAAUAUUUAGAUCUCAGUGAAAAUUUAAUGUCUGAAGAAUACUUGAAAAACUCAGCCUGUGAGCAUGCCUGGCCCUUCCUACACACUUUAAUUUUAAGGCAAAAUCAUUUGAAAUCAUUAGAAAAAACUGGAGAAGUUUUGGUUACUCUGAAAAACCUGACUAACCUUGAUAUCAGUAAGAAUAAUUUUGAUUCCAUGCCGGAAACUUGCCAGUGGCCGGAAAAGAUGAAAUAUUUGAACUUAUCCAGCACGAGAAUACACAGUUUAACCCAUUGUCUUCCCCAGACCCUGGAAGUUUUAGAUAUUAGCAAUAACAAUCUCAACUCGUUUUCUUUGAGUCUGCCACAACUCAAAGAACUUUAUAUUUCCAGAAAUAAGUUGAAGACGCUCCCAGAUGCCUCCUUUCUACCCAUGUUGUCAGUUCUGAGAAUCAGCAGAAAUACGAUCAAUACUUUCUCUAAGGAGCAACUUGAUUCUUUUCAAAAGCUGAAGACUUUGGAAGCUGGAGGCAACAACUUCAUCUGCUCCUGUGACUUCCUGUCCUUCACUCAGGGGCAGCAGGCGCUGGCCCAGGUGCUGAGCGACUGGCCGGAGAACUACCUGUGUGACUCUCCAUCCCACGUGCGGGGCCAGCGGGUCCAGGACACCCGCCUCUCGCUCACUGAGUGCCACAGGGUGGCCGUGGUGUCCGUCGUGUGCUGUGCCCUCUUCCUGCUGCUCCUGCUCACGGGGGCUCUGUGCCACCACUUCCACGGACUGUGGUACAUGAAGAUGAUGUGGGCCUGGCUCCAGGCCAAGAGGAAGCCGCGGAAAGCUCCCCGCAGGGACGUGUGCUAUGACGCUUUCGUGUCCUACAGUGAGCAGGACUCCUACUGGGUGGAGAACCUCAUGGUCCAGGAGCUGGAGCACUUCCAGCCUCCCUUUAAGUUGUGUCUUCAUAAGCGCGACUUCAUUCCAGGCAAGUGGAUUAUUGACAACAUCAUCGACUCCAUCGAAAAGAGCCAGAAAACCAUCUUCGUGCUUUCCGAGAACUUUGUGAAGAGCGAGUGGUGCAAGUACGAGCUGGACUUCUCCCACUUCCGUCUCUUUGAUGAGAACGAUGACACCGCCAUCCUCAUUCUGCUGGAACCCAUCGAGAAGAAGGCCAUUCCCCAGCGUUUCUGUAAGCUGCGGAAGAUAAUGAACACCAGGACCUACCUGGAGUGGCCCGCGGAUGAGACGCAGCGGGAAGGGUUUUGGUUAAAUUUGAGAGCUGCGAUCAAGUCCUAGGUUCCUUCGUGAAAGGCCAGUCUUGGUCCGAUGCUGGUCUUUAUCGCUCUAGGUGGAACCAAGUCUCUUCUAACACAAGAACAUGAAUAACAUAAAGGGUGACUUGCUGACUCAAACUACUCCAACCCUUCCGGUUUGAUCUAGAGGGCUGUUUUAUAAAAACCCAUACCUGAGUGGAAAAAAAAAAAAAACCAUGCUUCUGGGCUUUUCUUUAUCCUAUGAGAGAAUCACAAUCUAAAUCGGUUUAUAAGAGCUGAAUUAUCUGUAGUCCUGGGCUGCGUUCAUUCAUCAGGAAAUAGCCCAGACCAAGAGGUGUCUCAAAUGACUGUGUCAGUCAGCUUUCUGCCAGGAGACCAUCCAUGCCGAGGGCUUUCUCUCUCCCACUUGCCAUCCAUCCUCUGCAGGUGUGCUCUCCAGCCACUCAGCCACACUUACUGCUCUUUUUAGAAAAUAGGGCUGUGUGUCCCCAGUGAGCCUUACAGAAAAUACUAAAGGGUGUAUUUUGAGGUGAACAGGGGCUGUCUUUCUGGGUACUUGGUAGGUUUUUCCAGCCACAGUUACUUGAGAGAGGAUCCAUGACGCAAGAUACAGUAAAUGAUAUAUUUCUAGGAAAAUGAAACUAGUAAAAUCAAUGAAAUACUCAGUUUAGAAGAAUUUGAAAGCCGCCUUCUAUGUCCUUGAUGCUGAUCUUCAGCCUUUCACUCUGUGGGAGGUUCUAGUUAGCGUCUGGUUACGCUGCUCUUGGCCUUCGUCUUCUAGUCCUGCAGCAUUGUUGCAUUUUUCUUUGAAAAGCCUUGUUUCUGAUUCUAAAAAGGCUUCUUCCCCCCCCCCUUCAGAAAUGUUAUAAAAGUAUCUGUGAGCUGAAUUGAUUUUUAUUUAUUUAUUUAUUUAUUUUUGGUCUAUUUGCCAUUUCUUGGGCCGUUCCCGCGGCAUAUGGAGGUUCCCAGGCUAGGGGUCCAAUCGGAGCUGUAGCCGCUGGCUUACACCACAGCCAUAGCAACGCUGGAUCCUUAACCCACUGAUCAAGGCCAGGGAUCGAGCCCUCAACCUCAUGGUUCCUAGUCGGAUUCGUUAACCACUGAGCCACGAUGGGAACUCCUGAAUUGAUUUUUAAACAAGUAUAGAUCUAGAGGUUCCUCAUCAUGGCUCCAGAAAUCUUUUUAUACACAGUCAUGUCAGAGGCAGAUACUACAUCCAGGUUUUAAUUAUUAGAAUAGAGAUAAUCCAUCAAAUGAACACAUUCGGUUUAAAAGAAGGAGAUAUUUAUGGCUUUCAUGUGUCUCUCUUUGUAAAGCCGGGAACCACAAGUGAAAGGAGGUGAUCUUUUCAGGACCUCGGGCAGGACUGGGUCUAUGUGGUUAAUUGGGCUCCGGAGUCAGAAGGACCUCAGUUAAGUGCUUGGGUAUCUUUGGCCACCUCACUCUGACUGCAAAUAUUUCCCUGUCCUCAAGCUGGGGAUCAUAGUGUCUACAUCGCAGCAUCUGAUGUGGAUGUCAGCGUGUAGUAAUGUCAGCAUGGCCCUGGGCACAGUCCCUUGGGUCAUGCAGGCUGGGGAGGCAAGAGAGCCGAGCCAGUGAGAAUGGGAGCCAUGGGGGCCCUCACAGGGUGACAGGUGCACGUGGUAGAUGUUAGCUGUUAUUUUUAUUUUCUAAGAAAUGACCUAUCUCCUUAGGUAUUGUUGCUUAUAAAUGAUUGUUUUGCCAUUAUGGGUACUGGCGGGGACCUCAGGGUAUACUUUUCUGUUGUUUGCAGAAUGUUAUUCCAAAGAAAUAAAUUCAUAACGUGCAUCACAGGA